AUGACGAAGGGUACCUCCAGCUUCGGAAAGCGCCACAACAAGACUCACACCCUCUGCCGGCGUUGUGGCCGCCGGUCUUACCACGUCCAGAAGUCGACCUGCGCCAACUGCGGUUACCCCUCUGCUAAGACUCGCAAGUUCAACUGGGGCGAGAAGGCCAAGAGAAGAAAGACCACCGGUUCCGGCAGAACCUCUCACCUUCGGGACGUCCACCGCCGCUUCAAGAACGGUUUCCAGGUCGGCACUCCCAAGGGCGCCCGUGGCCCUGAGAACCACUAA